AGGCGCACCUUCCGAAUAACCACGUUGUAGACGCAUUUCAUACGCAGCGUUCAAGAAGUCUCACGAAUUCCGAAUCUGAAAAGGAAUGGCAAAGUUAGACGUUUACUGUUCCUUUUUAAUUUUGUUGAUAAUAUACAAUGCAGCAAGGGCAAGCACUUUGUUCAAUAGGUACAGCACCCAAGAUCUCGACACUCUGAAGGACAUAAUUGAGCGACUAGAAGAGAAACUGACCCCCAGUGAAGAAAAUGAACUCUACCCCGGAUCAGAAGAACUAAGUAUGGAUUCAGGCGAAGACGCUCUUGUUUCUCCGGGGAUUCUUCGACAGCAAGAGGAAAAUCUGUUGCUGAAUCCUAACAGAUUAAUCCAAGAAAAUUCGCCAAGAUCCCGACUCCGAGAUUUGGCUGGUUUGGCGAGGACCACUAAGUCUUUCGGUGGUUGUUUUGGAAAUAGAGUUGACAGAAUUGGUUCCUGGAGUGGAUUAGGAUGCAACAGCUCCAAAUUUGGUACCAAGAAGAGAAUAUUCGGCAACUGAGCUUCACGCCCUGUACAGACUCGGCACAGAGGAUCAACUCGAUAGUCACCAGAUGUCAAACUCCACUUGGAAUUGAAAAAAAGAAAAAAAUAAUUGAAGAAAACGCCCACAAACAUUUUAUACAGCUAGACAACCAAGCAGAAGAAGGCCUGUUGGAGAUUUUUGUAGCCUCAGAAAUCUGUAAUUUCGUACUCUAUCUCAGAGUGAUUUCGAGGCUUAAAUUAUUUUUUGUUGGUAACGGAAUAAUUGGGGUACUCAAUAUAGUCAGGACUCCUUCAAAUGGAUCUGGGGUCGCGAAUUAGAAAUCAGGACACAGAAGAAAGCCAACCAGUAGAUUGAGUAGCUGCACUUGUAGUUUACAAUUAGUGACAGCGAGAAGUAAUCUGGCCAAAACCGACAAAAGAAAAUUAUUUAAUAGAAACAAGAGUAUUGAAAUACAGUUUAAGAAAGAAUGUUACACCAAAUCAGUUUUCUAAGAGUAUCGUAAACACAUGGCAAUAUAUUUAGAAUAGAGUUUUAACUCACAUUCUAUAAUUUUCUGCUUCUUAAUUCUGUUAUAUGCAUAUGUUGUUAUUUGAAUGUUUAGAACAAACGAUGUUUUGGAAAAUUAUUUAUAAUAAAGAACGUUUAAUUUACGUCUUGCUUGCAUUGUGUAGUUCGUGACUAGAUUAAAAAUACUUUGAGAGUGAUCUGUUAGAGUUAUUAGACUGGACAGUACCAAUAAUAAAAAUGAGCCUUGGUGACCA